GCCAUCUUGGUUUCCGCUUAGAGCGAGGGGUGGUGAAUAAAUUGGAUGAUUGCUAACUUAUUUCGCAGUGGACAAAGGUAAAAUUUGGCGCAGAUAGGAUUGAUUCUUUGGAGCAAAUAAUCAGACAUGAUGACUACUGAUGUAUAGAGGAGGCAUGGUAGUACAAGUUGAAGGACAGCAGGGAGUCAACAAGAUGUUGACAGCAGAGUUACCUUCCUUGGAGGUGGAUACAAUGACACAGGUCCAGUUAACGGAGGUCAUUCCUAACUUAGUGCAGCUUUCCACUGGGAGAGAACUGCCCUUGUUUGGUCAAAACCAGUUCAAGCCGGAGUGGUGGCCCAGUGAAACCCCGUGGGUGGAUCCAGGCUUAGAGGAAAAUCCACAGGAGGACCAGUUGGAGCUGUUGAGAAAGGUGGUACGCUCCUGCUAUAAACAUCUAGGUCAAGAAAAGCUUCUGAAUGAAUCAGAUUUACAGGUGGAUGUCAUGGAGACAGAACAGGAAGAAAAUCAACCAACAGAGACCCGGCCAGAGGACUCAAAGUGGGAGGGGGGUGUAACUGAUGCUCCCCCUACACAGGGCUCAGCGGCUGAGACGGGGGAAUCCCCAGCUAAUGAUGCCCCCAUCUGGAUCUGUUUCCUGUGUACCAAACAGUUUCGAGACCAGGAAGUGCUGAUGGAACACCAGGAGGAAUGUGAAAAAGAGGCUGAAAUUCAGGAGGCCCGACAACGUAUUCUGGAAAUCCAAAGGCAGCAAGAACUGUUACUGAAAAUUGAAGUAAAGGAAAACAGAAACUUUUUGAGAUAUCGCAAAAGGAGAAGGAGAAUUCGAUAUUUAGACAUAAAUAGACGACCAGAAAAAUCUGUGUUCAUUGGACUCUUAGACUUGGUGAAAAAACCAGAUGCUGAAAAAUCAUUGGAAGCUUCUCCAAAGAAGGAGGUGGAUAGCGAUUGUGAGAUAAUCGAGGUGUCAUUUCCUGAGGCCCCCCGUACACCUCGAACACCGAAAUCACUCAUGUCUCAACUCAGUCGAGACUCAGAAGCACACUCAAGAAGGCGAUGUCUCAGUUUUAGUGGGAUGUUUAGUGAUUCUGAGAGCGGAGAGGAGAUGGAGAAGAAGAUCUCAAAGAGUUCUCUUUUGUUUGGCAUCGACAUUACAUCUGCUCUGGGACAUAGAGUGAAAAAACACUUAAAGAUUGACUCAACCAUUCCUGUGGUCAAAGAAUACGAAAAGUUUUGUGGUGGACCUGACAAGAAUCAGUUCAUGGAGAAACUUCGUUCCGAAAGGACUUAUCCAAUUGUGUACAAAAAACGCAAAAAGUUCUCCACGAAACACACGCACACAUUCAAGUUUAAUUCUGAACAGCGCAGAGAGUUUAUGAUCACAAAGAAAACUGGCCUGACCAAACGAAGCCGAGAUUUACUGUGUCAUCUCAAAGACUGUUCGGUAAAACUCCAACGACUGAAACCAGAGAUUAUUAAAGAAUGGUGCCGACCCAAGCCAAAACCAAUAACAAAACCGGUAACAAAGCCAGUAUUUGUGCCUCGAUACUCAAUGAACAACCAGACUGCCACAAAAGUAGAUUCCCAUCUCCGACAGAUUCUCAGUAAACCACUGUUUGGGCCUAAGAGUGCUAGAAUUAAACAGAUCAACGAAAAUAUUAACAGAAUUCGCACAAGUCAGUCAAUGCAGCAUUAUGAUAUGAUCACCAAGGUUGUAACUAAUCCAGACGGCACUGAAACCAUGAAAGUUAUUUAUGUUCCAAAGAAAACCCAGGAGAGAAAGAGGAAACAGAGUUUUAGUCCAUAUAGGAAAGUUGUCCAAGAGGAUGAAGACAUUCAGAUUAUUGAGUUGUCUGACUCCUCGGACGACGAAACAGAUCAGUCAAAACUGACUGAGUCACCCAGGAAGUGUCCACCUCAGAUGAAUCGUACAGUCAAACCGGGCACUCCACAAUCUCGAACAGGUAUCCUAAAACCAACAUCAAUGUCCAGUGAAAACCUUGUGGGCCGCAACAGUCCCAUAAUGAAAAACAAUCAAUUAAAACCACGAACAGGUGUGAUUACUUAUAUGGGAAUUAAGUACGAUUCCCCGUCUGCGGUUCAGCAAGAUGCCGUAAAGCGGCAACUCCACCCUACUCCUCCCGCAGCCACCACAAUGAGAGAACUGCCACAAAAACCACAGCCGUCUUCCCAAGCUAGUCGUAACAUUAGUUUUGGUCAAGUGGGUAUCCCUUCAGCAUUACGAAUCUCAAACAGUCAAAGUGUACCAACAAUGAAAUCCAUUCUGGAUAAGAAAGUGAUGCGAAACCCCAUUCUGGAACAAUUUUCAGGGGUUCUUGAGACUGUCCAAAUAGAAUCAAAACCUACUACCAACACUCCUGCCAAACCAAACGUCCUUCAGCGACCUUCUAUAGCUAUAGCUCCCCUAAAGUUAGUCAGCAAUAAGCCAGAGGAGGCUAUUGUAAUUGAUGAUGAGGACUAGAGAGAAGGAAUUACAUGUCUAUGUUUUUCAUUGUGUUUUCCAGAAGGCAUUAAUUUUGAUUUGAUAAGCACAAGAAAUAUACUUCUUUGGUCACUAGUGACCACAUCACUAAGUAUUUUGAAAAAGUGUACAUAAAUAAUGUAUUGUAAAAUUGAUAUCCAAUUAUGACAGAUAGAUGAUUCCUUUCAUUGCAAUUAUUUAUUUUCAAUUCAGUUUCAAUAGACUUGUUUUAUUAGAAAGUUUCGAGUGUAAAUGAAUUGUGUAUAUAUAUUAAAUCCUGUUUGAUACAGGAUAGGUUAAGAAACCAGUUCCAGAUCUCUGUAUGCUAUUUCCUGUAUAUUUAUUUAUUGAUUCAAUUUUGUGUUUUAUGAGUCUUAGAGUUCUCUGCAAUCAUUUUUCCUCACCAAAUCAACAUAAAUUCUUUGCUGUUUAAAUAGAUUUGUGCACUGCAGUUCCCAGGCCAGGGGUGAUAAUAAUGUAUUUUAAUGUAACGAUCAACACAGUUUGUUCAAUUACAAUUUUUAUUUUAUCAGCACUGUUUGCCAUAACAAAAUGCAUGUACUGACUACCUCAGUUUCAAAGAUCUUAGAAUUUGUACACCAAGUAAAAUGGAUGCCAGAUCUUAGACUUUGUACACCAAGUAAAAUGGAUGCCAGAUCCCUUAACAUUGCUUUAUGGAGGGUCUCUUCCCUAGAUCUGUUUGCAGUAGAAUGGGUCACUGCUAUAAAACUGAUAUCGAAGACAACUCGGGUCUUCCCCAGAUCUGCUUGUAGUAGGUCAGUGCCAUAAACUGUAAUACUACAAUAAGUAGGAGCCUCCCAAGAUCUGCUAGAUUGGGUCAUUGCCAUGAAGUAAAACAUAUCCAAGUCAACUCUGCUAUAGGUAGGGUAUUCCCUAGAUCAGCUAGAAUGGGUAAGUGCCAUGAAGUAAAACUACUAUUGGGAGGGUGUUCCUCAGAUCUACUUGUAGUAGAAUAUGUCAGUGCUGUGAGGUAAAACUGACAUCCCAAUCCAUAAUGCUACUAUAGGGAGGGUCUUUCCCAGAUCUGCUAGAGUAGUUCAGUACCUUGAUGUAAAAUAGAUGACCCAGUCAAUAACACUACUAUAAGGAGGAUAAUUCCCCAAUCUGUUUGCCGUAGAAUUGGUCAGUGCCCUGGGUUGGUACAGUCAAGUUUAAUUAAGUUAUGAUUUUUUUUCUUCAAAAAUCAGUUAAAAAUUUUUUUACGAUUUGAAAAAUGUUCAGGUACAUACCAGUGGUAUUUUCUUUGUAUACAUAAAGAUGAACUUGGUUUAAGUCAUGCUGUGUCCUUAAUGUUUAAGGACAUAUUACUUAAUUAUGACUUUUUUUGUACUAUGAUUGUACUUGAUUGAUGUGUUUAUGUGAACUAAGGAGUAUGAGAGAUACUUACAUUCAUAUAGUGACAUUAAAAUGAGACUUAAAUUAUGCAGUUUGAUUGUAUAAAAUUUUGUAUAAAUUUUCAGAUUAUUUGUAUAAAACCCUUCACUUUAAUUGUGACGGUGAUUCUUAAAGCAAUUAAAAUUUCAC